AUGGUUCAUUUGACUUCACCUUUCACACUUGCCCUUGCUGGUCUCGCCAGCUUCGGACUCGCUCAUCCUGGACAUGAUGUCAAGGCUGAAGCUGCCGAACGCGCUGCAUACCUGAAAAGUGUUCCUGUCCAGUCCCGUAGUCUUUCCCAAUGUGCCUCCAACUUCGAAAAGCGCGGUGUCGAGAACCCUAACGUUGCACGUCGUCACGCCGCUGUGGAAGAAUUGCGACGCAAGCGCGGUCUUACUACUAGUCCGGGAUACCUGAAGGCCCGCGAUUUGGACUCUACCUUGGCAACUACCCACCAUUCUAACUUGACUCAUGUUGAUCCAUCCACUGAUCCGCGGGUUUUGUUCGGCUCCGAGGGAACCUGUAUUGUUCAGCCCGAGGUUACUCAAGGACCUUACUACAUUGCUGGCGAGCUCAUCCGCGAGAAUAUUGCGGAAGAUCAGGCUGGCAUUCCGCUUUACAUGGAUAUUCAGCUGAUUGACACCAAUACCUGCCAGCCUCUGCCUCACAUCUAUACUGAUAUCUGGCACUGCAAUGCUACCGGAGUUUACUCUGGUGUUGUCGCGAAUGGCAACGGUAACCAAAAUGAUACUACUAACUUGAACACCACUUUCCUUCGUGGUGUCCAGAAGAGCGGAAAUGAUGGUGUUGUCCGAUUUGAAUCCAUCUUCCCUGGUCACUAUACCGGUCGUGCUAUCCACAUGCACGUGGUCACCCACCCAGCGAACGAAACCAAAAUCCUCCCCAACGGUACCAUUGCCGGUAUCUACGACGGGCACUCGUCUCAUGUGGGCCAAAUCUUCUUGGACCAGGAUCUGAUCAGCGCCGUCGAAGAAUACGAGCCAUACUCGUCCAAUACCCAGGAGUUGACCACGAACUCAGAGGAUAGUAUCUUGGAAGCCGAGACUGAUAAUGUGGAUCCUUUUAUGGAGUAUGUUUACUUGGGUGACAAGGCCUCGGACGGAAUCUUUGCUUGGAUUUCCAUUGGGGUUAACUCCAAGCGCGAUGAUAGCCUCUCUCCGGAGGGCUACUGGACUAAAGAUGGCGGUGAAGUGAACGAUGACUUUGAGAUGAACAUGGCUGGUAUGGGUGAUAUUGGAAACAUGGGCCCUACUUCUAGUGCUGUGGCUUCGUCUAGUACUUCUGCUUAG